AAGCCUCUGAAUAUGCGUAGUUCCCGUAGAACACCAGCACCACGCAGGCAAGCUGACUGGCGUAGCGAUGAGCUCCGAUGGAGAAAUAGUUUGCGCCAUGGCUUUCGUGCUGGCAUGCUUGGCUGCCAUGCCACCUGCAUCCGCAGCCUCGGGAGACGGAGGGCUACUGCAUAUCCCUUCGGCCGCCGCACUAGCUCACUGCCCCUCUAGCUGCGGCGACGUCAACAUCUCCUACCCCUUCGGCAUAGGGGCCGGCUGCUUCCGGCGGCCUCGAGCUUACCUGCAACCACGCCACUCAGCCUCCAGAGCUGUUUUUGGGCAACAGCACAACUCAGAUUACUUCCAUGUCUGGUAGUGGUUUGGUUGAGCCCCCUAUGUUCUUCAACGUUACCUCGGGAUCAGGUACGAACAACUACAAUAUAUCCUGGAACACCCCAGCUAAGGGUUUAACUAUCCCCGGCCAAUAUAACGAUUUCUACGCCCUUGGCUGUGAUUUCGAUGUCAAGUUGUUCGAUAAUGUGGGAAACCCCAUCGGCUCCUGCAUGAGUAGGUGCCGCGGCGAGGUACCCCCGAAUCAAGGAUCUUGUAAUAAUAUCGGUUGCUGUCUCAUCAGUUUCGAACAGAACAUCUCAGAUUUUCAGGCAACAAUUGUUCGGGCUGAUGGUAUGGCAGCACGAUCAGAUUCUGUACACCUUGGCAUAAUCGCUUCCAUGGGCGACAAUUAUUAUACGUCGCACCAUCUUUUAUCAAGUUGGACAAAUGCAAGCAAGCUUCCUGGUGUGCUUGAGGUUGCCAUCAUGGACCAACCAAGCUGCGAAAGAGCGCAAACGAAUAAGGCGAGUUAUGCUUGUGCCACCAACAGCAAUUGUGCAAACGCGUCAUAUGGAGGUUACACCUGUCACUGCAAUAACUACCAAUCCAACUACCAAUCCAAUCCUUACCUUUCGGAAGGAUGCGAGCCGCGACAAGAUUACAACCCCGAGCCUAAAGAACAAUGCUUGAGGUCAUGUGGAAAUAUGAGCAUUCCCUUCCCUUUCGGGCUCGAAGACGGUUGUUUUGGAAAUGAAAGGUUCCAACUUAAUUGUACAGCAGAGGCCUAUGUACAACAACAGCGAUCCAGAUGCUGUAGAGUUCUUUGGGGAAUGUAUGAAAAGUUCCAAAAAUGGUCGCACUCCUCUUGCCAAUGAAAUAUAUGUAAGUUCCAAAAUGAUUUGAUACAUCUAUUGUACUCAAGUACGUGCCUGGCCUUGUUAUUAACUGCAUUCUCUUUAUGUAGGAACGGAUGGUGGCAGAGAAGGAUAGAGAGCCAGAAGAAGGAGAAGAAAAAAAAUCUCCCACCAAGAUUAUUGAUGAAACUCUUAGCGAGAUCAGCCGCUCAUCCACAUUUCUUCCUAACAUUGGUGCCCCUCGACCAUCAAAGAAUGCUCAGUCCUCAUCGACAGCAGCACAAGCACGCAUCCGAGCUGAGUUUGAGACAACCCUCCAAGCUGAAAGAGAGGAAGCUGCUAGGAAGCGGGAAGAGUUGCAGGCACAACUUCAAGCUCAGCAGGACGCACUUGAAGAAAACCAAAAUUUGCUGCGGCAGACCCAAGAGGAAGUGAGGGGGAUGACUAGCAGGUUUGAGGAGACUAAUGUGCUGCUGCGAGCUGUCCUGAGACUUCAGAAAGAUUGAGGUAUGACUGCAGUUUCUGAGGAUGAGGCCUUUGUCUAAGCUUUUGCUACAUUGCUUUAACUUAGUCUGUGCUUCGAACUUUGUGGUUGGAACAUGUGUGGUUGAACCUGGAACUAUGUGGUUGAACAAGUAUGCUGCAAGUUUGUGGUUGGA